AUGGUUGGGCCAAAACUAUCCUCCGAAUCCUUUCUUCGCGACUUAAUCGGCGGGCGCUACCGCAGAGUGCGGCUGAUUGGGCGCGGAUCGCACGGCACGGUGUGGGAGUGCGAAGACAUCCACACGUCCCUCCGCGUCGCCUGCAAAUCCAUCCCGCACGUGCCGCGCGAUUCGACGCAUGCGCAAGCUCCGGUGCGCGUUGACGACAUCUGCACGGAGGUCUGCGCGUUGAAGAAGGUCGGGGGGCAUAUUAAUAUCGUCGGUUUAAUCGAGGUAAUUGUGGACUCCGCCGAGGCGCACGUGAUUAUGGAGUUAGCACCAGGCGGGGAUCUCCUAACGGAACUCAUGCGGCGUGGUGCGUUGAGCGAGCCGCUGGCUGCUACAGUGGUGCGGCAACUCGCAUCGGCUGUCGCGUUCUGCCACGCGUGCGGCAUCAUGCAUCGCGACAUUAAACCCGACAACAGCACGGGCGCGCUCCCGUCGCGCGGAAAGGAUGCUUCCGCCGCGCCUGCUUCCCCGCCUUCCAAGUCCGGUUCAACGUCGCUCCCUUCUUCCCCCACUAAAUCCAACGUACGUUCCGCUGCCUCCCCCGCUGCCUCCCCCGCUGCCUCCCCUACUCUCUCGAUCUCGAACGCCGCGAGUGCCCCACCUUCCCCGCCCUCCUCCCCUUGCACUCCCCCCUCCCCCUUGUGCAACAAAAGCCCGCGACCCUGCAAAUCCGCAAGCCCCUCUUGCGGUUCCGUCGUUCCAUGCGCUUUUUCCGCGCUCGGCGGCUCUUCCGCGCGCGGGGCAAGCGGUGGCGCACGCCUUUGCGGAAGCUUUGGUGCGACCCGUAGCGCAAGCCUUGGCGGAAGCUCCCCGUUGGCGGAAGACUACGUGGGCGCGGAGCGGCAGAUUGUGGGGGUGAAACUCGCGGAUUUCGGGGUUUCCGCGAUUCUGAAAGGGGGGAUGCGCGAGCUCCGCCGCAGCAGAGGCGCAGGGACGCCCGCGUAUAUGGCGCCGGAAAUGGGCUGGCGGAAUCGGGGGGGCGGGCGCGGGGAAGCAGAGGGGGAGAUGGGGAACCAGGAGAAUGGGGGUGGAAAGGGUCUGAACGCAGGGGUAAAUAACCCUAGUUCUUCAGAUCUGCCCGAGUACGGCGUGAAGGCGGACGUGUGGAGCCUCGGGGUAACACUGUGCACAAUUUUGACUGCCCGGAUUCCUUCCCAUCCUGUAGACUUUUCAAAACCUGAAUGGGAGGGGGUUUCGGCAGACGCAAAGGAUCUGGUCCGUCGGAUGCUGGUGGUGGACCCGGAUCAACGGCUGAGCUCGUUCGAGGUGCUGGAGCAUCCGUGGCUGAACCAGACGGCCGUUCGAUCGUUGGACCCGGCUGUGCGCUGCCCCCACCUUCUCUCGCCCUCCCUGCCUGGCGAACCCACUGGUAACCAGGUUACACGGAUCGUCUGCAUGUAG